GAGAGGUGUGAGUCCAAAGCUCCUCCCUGCUGAUUGUUGAGAGCAGUAGUGAUUCAGUCCCAUUGUUUGAGAGAAGCGGAUCAAACGCCCCACACAGAGAACCUCUUUUUCUCAUGGAAAUAAAGUGUCUGCCUCUCAUUCAUACAUGAGUUUCUCUAAUGCAAAGAAGUCGAGCACGCGGGGAGACUACACACACACACACACACACACACACACUACUGAGUGAAGUUAAGAGCACGCGGGACUUGGAGAGCGACUUUGGAGAAGAGGAUCCCUGGACGCGCUCACACGCUAAAUGAGGGCAUUUCUUUAGUGAGAUUGAUGAGGUUUUGCUGAUAUUUCACCAUGUUUGCCCUUGGACAGUGCGCGCUUGUUUUCGGGCUGCUGUGUGCUGCGCUCUCCGCGGGCGCAUCGGUGUGUCCAGCCGGCUGCGAGUGUUCAGAAGCCGCGCUCACGGUCAAAUGCGUUUCUAAAGAUCUGCGGGACAUACCGACCGGCAUACCGAGCUACACCAGAAACCUCUUCAUCAUCGGAAACCACAUCAGUCAGAUCGGACCCGAAUCUUUCCAAGGACUGGACAACGUGACAAAUUUAUCACUGCCUAACAACAGGAUCUCUGAGGUGAAGUCUCACACAUUUACUAGUCUGCGUAGCCUCAGAUCGCUGGACCUUAGCAACAACCAGCUGGCCAUCAUCCAUCCUGAGGCGUUCACUGUCCAGAGCCGUAUGCUGAGGGAGCUCAACCUCAGUCGGGCUCUCUACAACCACUCGUCCGUCAUCGAUUUGGCCACAUCUCUUCGCUGGAGUACUUUGAGUGACCUGCUGAGGCUGGACCUGUCCAGUAAUGGCCUUGUCUACUUGCCCCCUGGCAUCUUUUGCCAUCUUGUCGGCCUGCAGCGCCUUCAGCUUUCCAACAACUCUAUAGUGUCCAUACAUAACGGCACAUUUACAGGACUAGAUCACCUCAAGGAGCUCGAUCUCACCCAUAAUGCCCUCAGGACUUUGCGUGAAGAGGCUUUAAAGGAGAUGGAUCAGUUGCGUUUUGUUAGGCUCCACUUGGCGGAGAAUCCUUACACCUGCACAUGUGACAUCGAGCCUUUUGCCGCCUGGCUGAACGGCUCACGAGUGCGUGUAGAGGACGUUGAGCGCCUGACUUGUGCGUUCCCCGUCGCAUUGCAGAACACAUCUCUAUUGACUGUGGGUGAAAUGGAAUUGGGUUGCCAUAAGGUUGGAGAGGGUGACAACCUAGCACUGCAGACCUCCUACGUGUUCCUGGGUCUCGUGCUGGGAUUUGUUGGUCUCAUGUUUCUCUUUGUGCUCUACCUGAACCGUAAAGGUAUUAAGAAGCGCAUCAACGACAUGCGUGACGCAUGCCGGGAAGUCUGGGAAGGGUAUCACUACCGAUAUGAGAUCGAUUCAGAUCCCAGAUUGUCACAAUUUUCUACAACAGCUGAUGUGUGAUUGGACAUGAACACUUCCAAAACCAAGCUCCUUUAAUGAACUUGUUUUCUAUUGCAUUUAUACUUGGAAAAUGCUCGUAUGUGUCGCGAACAUGUAGACAUAUUUAAGUAGGCACAUUUUCUUGUGAAAAGCAUGUAAUGCCUGUCUUGUCGAAGCCUUUAUAACAAGCACACCUCCCCCUCAAGUCUGCACAGAAUUGGCCUUUGCUUCUCAAUCGCAUUUGCAGAGUUGGCUUUUGCUUCUCAAUCAUCAUGGGAUGUUUGAGGAUUAGUCCAAGAAAGGGGCAGAAGCCAUAAAUUAACUCUGACCACCAACAACCAAC